AAUUAGCUUCUUUGAAUUCAAGCCCCACGGAACUGUCCAAAGAUCAAACCUUUCUCUCUCAAGAACGCGUACAGAAGUGAUCAGACUUUGUAUUCCCGCCGUCUGUUCCUUCUUUUCUCCUUCCACAAAUUACACGUUUUAUUCUUUCUAAUUCUUCUCUGGAGUUUCUUCAAUCAACCAAAAACUUACAUAAACCAGAAAGUUUCUUUCUUUAAGCAAAAGGAGUAGUUUUUCUUUUUCAUUUCUUUUUUUUUUUUGCUCGGUUUUUCUUUCUUUAAUGGCGAAAUUAAAGAAGAAGAUUUCUUAUAUUUCAGUUCCAUCUCAGAUAAUCAACUCUCUAUCUUCAUCUUCACUUCAAUCUCUUCUUCUCUCACCAAAGAAAGCUUCAAAGAAUUCAAGAUGGUUUCCUUUUGGGUCUAACUUGUCAUACAGAAGCCCAAGGUUUUGGUUCUUGCUUCUCUUUCUAUUUGGUCUGCUUGGUAUGCUAAAGUUGGGGUUCAAUGUUGAUCCUUUGAUCCCUUUUUCUCCUUACCCAUGUGCUAUAACUCAACCACAGGACUCAAUCUCUAAUGGCUACGGACAAACCCAUCUAGGUUCUGCUAUCACUACUGGAACCAAUGUUGAUAAAUAUGAGAUUUUGAAUGCUAAUGGUGAAUCUCCGGCGUUAACACCCACCCAGUAUUCAAAACAAGAUGUGGGUUUUCAAAAACAAGGGUUGGUCUCCAAAGGGUACGAGUCAAAUGAGGAAAGUGAGUUUUGGAAACAACCAGAUGGGUUAGGUUACAGACCUUGCUUGGGGUUUAGUGGGGAGUACAAGAGACAGAGUGCUGAAAUUGUCAAAGACAGGAGAAAGUAUCUGCUUGUGGUGGUUUCUGGCGGAAUGAAUCAGCAGAGGAAUCAGAUUGUUGAUGCUGUGGUGAUUGCUAGGAUUCUUGGUGCUACUCUUGUCGUCCCUAUCUUGCAAGUCAAUGUCAUCUGGGGUGAUGAGAGUGAAUUUUCUGAUAUAUUUGAUUUGGAGCACUUCAAAAGGGUACUGGCUGAUGAUGUGCGCAUAGUUUCAUCACUGCCUUCCACCCAUAUAAUGACAAGGCCAGUAGAAGAAAAGAGGACUCCUCUUCAUGUCUCUCCUCAGUGGAUUCGAUCGCGCUAUCUUAAGCGGAUCAAUAGGGAAGGUGUUUUGCUUUUACGUGGCCUAGAUUCCAGACUUUCUAAGGAUUUGCCUUCUGAUCUCCAGAAGCUUCGCUGCAAGGUGGCAUUUCAUGCACUGAGGUUUGCUCCACCAAUUCUGGAACUUGGAAACAAGCUUGCAGAGAGGAUGAGGAGCAAGGGACCUUACCUUGCCCUUCAUCUUCGAAUGGAGAAAGAUGUGUGGGUGAGAACCGGUUGUCUUCCUGGUUUGAGCCGAGAAUAUGAUGAGAUAGUGAACAAUGAAAGGAAACUGCGGCCAGAGCUUUUAACUGCUAGAUCAAACAUGACUUACCAUGAGCGUAAAUUAGCUGGUCUCUGUCCCUUGAAUGCCAUGGAAGUCGUCAGGUUGCUGAAAGCUCUUGGAGCUCCGAAAGAUGCAAGGAUCUACUGGGCCGGAGGGCAGCCAUUGGGUGGGAAAGAAGCCUUACUACCGCUAACUAGUGAAUUCCCCCAUUUCUAUAAUAAGCAAGAUCUUGCAUUGCCUGGUGAACUAGAACCAUUUGCAAACAAAGCCUCUCUCAUGGCUGCCAUUGAUUAUAUAGUGUCCGAGAAGAGUGAUGUCUUCAUGCCAUCUCAUGGAGGAAACAUGGGCCACGCAAUGCAGGGAGACAGAGCGUAUGCAGGGCACAAGAAGUAUAUUACUCCAAACAAAAGGCAUAUGCUUCCUUAUUUCCUCAAUUUCUCUCUGCCUGAAGUGGAGUUCAACAGGAUCAUAAAGGAGUUGCACAGUGAAUCCAUGGGGCAGCCAGAAGUAAGGACUAGUAAAGUCGGCAGAGAUGUUACAAAGUACCCGAUUCCUGAGUGUAUGUGCAACGAUUCACGUGGAAAUUCCUUGUGAUUGGACAGUGAAGUUCAUGCUGAAGGAUAAUCAUGCUGCAAAAAUAUCACCAAGAUAUUUUCUUGCAUUGGUUUGACAAGUGCCUUGAAUUUGAGCCCUUCUGACUGAGAAAACUUUGAUGGUAACAAUCUGUGCAGGGCAAUGAUGGUUCGAUUGAGCAUCUUUGGAGUUGCAUUUGUGGCUAACGCACUUAUUUCAUCAGUAUACUCCAAUUUACUACUGCAUAUACGUACCUAGUUGCAUGUAUGUAUCUAUAUAAUAUUGGGACAAGAUAAUUGCCCUUCUGUAAUUAGAAUACUUAAAUACCUUAGCAUUCUUUUAUUCUUUAUACAAACGCAGAGUCUCCUCCUUUCCUUAUCCACCAACCCAUAGCUUUUUUGUUCUGAUAAUCCAUUUGUAACCUGGGUUUUAUUCUUUGUGUUACAUGUACUACAAGAUUAUACUUGUAUACUUAUAUGAUAAAGCAUUUUGAUUUUUGAUUUUAGCA